UCAACUUUCAACCGUACAAUUUGUCCCUUUCGUCUAAGGGAUAAAAAAGUUGGAAGAGUUCUGCCCGUCACUCAUAACACAAGAACAUCACAUGUUUGUACUUUGACUUUGUCGUCUCUUCAGAGUUAAAACGAACCGUAUACCGCUCAUGUCUCCGUCCAAAGAGUAUUUUCAUAAAAUUUCCUAAAAAUAAAAAUAGCGUCAAAUACAUCGUACUUUCAUUUUGAGCUGAAUAAAAACAAAAACGAUCAUGAAGAUUUCUCUAUCCAUAUUCGCGUUUUUCUGUGCGAUUUCCGUCGCGGCAGCUUCCAAAGCCUAUCCAUCCGUCCCCGGUCUCGAUUCCGGCGACUGUUCUCUCACCGGCGACGAAACUACUCUUGUUCCUCCACGACGAGAAGUCUACGAUGAUGGACGAAUAUACGAUAUUUCACACCGGUACUUUCCUGACUUGCCGGUUUGGGAUUCUGAUGAAGGAUUAGGUCAUUUUCUAUGGCUUACUUAUAGCAUCAAGAAUGGAUCACGCGCUAAUGGCUCAGCUUUUCAGCUUGGUGCUCACACCGGUACUCACGUUGACGCGCCUGGUCACUUCUAUGAUAAUUACUACGACGCUGGAUUCGAUGUUGAUUCUCUUGAUUUACAACUCCUCAAUGGUCUUACCCUUUUGGUUGAUGUUCCACGGACCAGCAACAUUACUGCUGAAGUUAUGAAGUCUUUGAAUAUUCCUAAAGGUGUAAAGCGUGUGCUCUUCAGAACAUUAAAUACUGACAGGCGGCUUAUGUUUAAGAAGGAAUUUGACUCGAGCUUUGUUGGGUUUCUGGAGGAUGGUGCAAAAUGGCUGGUGGAGAACACUGACAUCAAACUUGUAGGAGUUGAUUACUUAUCUGCUGCAGCUUAUGUUCACUCGGUUGAGUCUCAUCUUGUUUUUCUGGAAAGCAGGGAAAUCAUUCUUGUUGAAGGCCUUAAACUAGAUGGUGUCCCAACAGGAUUAUAUUCACUCAACUGCUUGCCUCUCAGGUUGGUUGGUUCUGAGGCAUCACCAAUACGAUGCAUUCUGAUCGGAUGAUGAGGUCCACGUGAGUUCCACGGGUGAAACGGCCGUAGGAAGCAACAUAGCCUGAAGAUAGUCAGCUCAGCAGUCUAAUCAAUAAGGAGCAUUUUGUUGCAAACAAAACUGAUUGUAAAAAUCUCGAAUGGUUUUCUUUUAUGAGCUUAGGCUGGAAAUGCGCUGGUCUAAUGUAUGUACUAGUAGUAGUGAUCUAUUAGUAUUGUUGUGACCAAUAGUUGAGGACUUGUAUACCUAUAAUAAACUUGUGUUUUCAACGUUUGGCUAACAAGUCCUUUUGCACUAUUUAAACUCGAA